AUGGCGACAGGAACUCAAUCCGCCGUACCAGCAACUCCGAUGAUGUCCGGCGGAACGCGCGGCAACGACUCGACGGCGGUCUUGAUCACACCGCAGCCCGACCCGAUUGCUGAGCGCAACGUCAGCUUCGACGAGCCGAUGACUGGAUCCGACGCCAAGGAUGAAGAGAUGGAUGAAGAAUACGACGACUACCUGGAGGAGAAGGCGCCUGCGCCAGCGGUGGUGACACCUGAGACUCCGGAAGAUGCCGUGAUGUCCGCCGUGCGCAGCGGAGGCUCGCGCUCUCUGGCGCGAAGUCUUGCGAGCGAGGUGGAAGACGAUGCGCCUCCCAUCACGCGCAACCUCGCGGACGAACUGGAUGAUGUGAACAGCCCCAAACGUGCCGACUAUGGCCCGGGUGCAUUUGAAGACAGCGGCAAGGAGGCAUUACGUGCACGUGCCCCAAAGACCCCACGUGACGGUGGCACCGAUGACUCAGCGGAUCCGGGGACGACGAGUGACGGUUCUGACGGCUUACCAGCUCCUUGGGACUGGUCAGAAGCGCUCAAGUCGCUCCCGACGACUCGCCAGCCGAUCCACAAGUGA